CUUUCUUAUCCACACCAGACUCCACACCGCCUUUUCUCUCUCUCUAUUACUUCUUCAGUACACAAACCAGCGGAUUACAAGCUCUGCACCACUACUCAGCUACAAGCAGCAUACCCGGUCCUCAGUUCCCAGAGCCCAAGUCCAUACACCAUCAUCACAUAAAUACACUCGCAGCAAGAACUACAGCUAGAACAAGACACAAUGGCCUACAAACUCCACAAGACACCCUACUUUGAGAGCGAGGAGGGUCUCCCGGUUGUGACCUACAAGUGCGACGCGGAUGACUGGACCGAUCUGCCAAUCAACCUCAGCGUGUCCGAGCAGACGUUUGUCAUCCGCAAGCCCGGAGCCCCCGCCCCAGCUCCGCCCAAGACCUGCG